UACUGUGAGUCGGAUAGACAGGCAGAGAGAGAGCUGCAGCCCCACGGAACAGAAUAGAAAGCACCGCUGCACGCUGCAUGGUAGGAAGGAUCCUCGCCACAUUGUUCCUCCCCAUUUAUUAAACCGCUCAGGAAUCUACUGCUCCGGGAAACGACCCUCUCCGCUGCCCGGGACGCACGAUGAUGAAGUUUCGGUUCCGUCGGCAGGGCAACGACCCACAGAGAGAGAAAAUUAAACAGGAAUUGUUCGCCUUCAACAAGACUGUGGAACAUGGGUUCCCCCACCAGCCCUGUGCUUUGGCCUUUGACCCCCAGCUGCAGCUCAUGGCCAUCGGGACCAAGUCUGGAGCCAUCAAGCUUUAUGGAUCUCCAGGGGUGGAGUUUACAGGACUACACAGAGACACUGCAGCCGUAUCGCAGAUACACUUCCUCCAAGGACAGGGCCGUCUGUUGUCGCUGCUUGAUGACAACACGCUGCACCUGUGGGAGCUGGGCGGAGCUUCCCGGGACAGGGGAGGGGCUAAGAGCGAAGGUGUGGUCUACCUGGAAGAAAAACGCAACUACAGUCUCCUGGGACGACCUGGACUAGAGAGCUGCAGUGCAAGCCGUGUGACAGUUCUGCUGUUGUUGAGGUCAUGUGACCUGCUGUGUGUCGGCACCGAGGGAGGGGGCAUACACUUCCUGGAUCUGCCACGCCUCUCGUUGAGGGAUAACCAAUCACUCCUGCUGGACCAGGUAAUGCAGAGCGUACCUGAGGACUACAGGUGUGGGAAGUCUCUGGGACCGGUGGAGUCGUUACAGGAACACCCCAAGCAGCCAGGGAAGAUUCUGAUUGGCUACAGCAGAGGUCUGGUCGUCCUAUGGGAUCUCAGCACCCGCAACGCAGAACACAUGUUCCUUGGAAAACAGCAGCUGGAGUCCCUGGUGUGGGAACGUUCCGGUAGCUCCUUCGUCAGUUCCCAUAGCGACGGGGGGUACAGCGUGUGGGCUGUUGCCAGUGGUAACACGUACACACACCAGCCUGUGUCCUCGUCCAUCCCCUAUGGUCCGUUCCCUUGUAAAGCCAUCAACAAGAUCUUAUGGAGGACGAUUCAGUCAGGGUGUCCAGUAGUCCUCUACAGUGGAGGAAUGCCCAGGGCCAGUUACGGAGACCGUCACUGUGUGACCAUCCAACAGGACAAACAACACGUCACUCUAGACUUCACAUCCAGAGUUAUAGACUUCUUCACCGUCCACACCACUGACCCGGAGCACGACUAUGAUGAUCCUAAAGCCCUCGUGGUGCUACUGGAGGAGGAGCUGGUUGUAAUAGACCUCCUGACCACCGGGUGGCCCUCUGUCCCUCCUCCCUACCUGACCCCGCUCCACUCCUCCGCCAUCACCACAUCCUGUCACCUGGACAACGUCCCCGCCAAGCUCUGGGACCGCCUGGCCGCCGCCGGGAACAGCCAGGGCGCUCAGCCUGGAAGUUGGCCGAUAUGUGGAGGGAAGAAUCUAGCGCCCCCGCCCAGACAACAGGAGUUGCUGCUGACAGGGCAUGAGGACGGUACAGUGCGAUUCUGGAAUGUGUCUGCUGUUGCCAUGACUCCUCUCUACAAGCUCAGCACGGCUAACGUCUUCCAUACAGACUGUGACCCUAAUGAUGCACUGCAAGAGGAGGAGUGGCCUCCCUUCAGGAAGGUGGGCUGUUUUGAUCCUUAUAGUGAUGAUCCUCGCCUGGGGAUCCAGAAAAUCAGUCUGUGUAAAUACAGCUGUAGACUGGUGGUGGCCGGGACCGCUGGACAGGUGAUCGUGCUGGGUCUGAGUGAUGAAUGGUCGGACCACACGGUCGAUGUCUCCACGGUCGACCUGCUUCAGGACCGAGAGGGGUUCACCUGGAAGGGCCAUGAUAGGCUGGAGCCCCGAGCCAGCCCCGCCCCCUUCCCUCCAGGCUUCCAACCAUUGGUCCUGGUGCAGGCCCUGCCCCCAGCCUCUGUUACCUCGGUGAUGCUGCAUGCGGAGUGGAACCUCGUAGCGUUCGGGACGAGUCACGGCUUCGGACUGUUUGACUACCACAGACGCACUGCUGUUCUGGCCAGGUGUACCCUGCACCCUAACGACUCCCUAGCGAUGGAGGGUCCUCUCAGCAGAGUGAAGAGUCUGAAGAAGUCUCUCAGACAGAGCUUCAGACGCAUCAGGAAGAGUAGAGUGUCUGGGAAGAAGCGCCCCAUCCCCACCCCAACCAGCAAGAAUGAGCAUCAAACCAGAGGGUGUGAAUUCCCCAACGCACCCUGGAUGUCUAGAAUGAGCAUCAAACCAGAGGGUACACACCACGGCCCGACGCUGUGGGCGGGGACAAACUCAGGGAGUGUGUAUGCUUACGCGUUGGAGGUCCCGGGUGUGGGGUCGGGCCGUGGACGGCCGGGGGGUGAGGGGAGCGGGUGUGUGGAGGCCGUGUUGGGGAAAGAGAUCCAGCUGAUGCAUAGGGCUCCGGUCGUGUCCGUCUGCGUUCUGGACGGCCGGGGGAAACCGUUACCAGAACCUUACCAAGCCUCUCUGGACCUGGCUACUGCUCCAGACAUGGCGAACCCACACUCUGUCCUCAUCGCUUCAGAGGAACAACUCAAGGUGUUCAGUCUUCCUAAGGUCGGUGCGAAGACCAAGUUCAAGCUGACGGCUCAUGAGGGUUGUCGUGUGCGGAGGGUUUCCAUGGUGACUGUGUGUUCCACAGCCCAGGAGGACUACAGUGAGACCAGUCUGGUCUGUCUGACCAACCUUGGAGACCUGCACCUGUUUAACGUACCUGCCCUCCGGCCACAGGUACGUUAUGACUGUAUCCGUAAAGAGGACAUCAGUGGCAUCGCUUCCUGUGUCUUCACAAGGAACGGGCAGGGGUUCUACCUGAUCUCUCUG